AUGGUGAUGUUAGCUACAGUGGUAGUGGAGGUGUGUGAUGAAUCUGGAAAAAUGGUACAGUGUAGAGCAGUGUUAGACUCUGGCUCACAAGUCAACUUUGUGAAAAAUCAAUGUGCGAGAAGACUUGGGUUGUUUCGUGUCGAUGCAGCAGUGCCAGUGACUGGAAUAGGUCAUUCACAUGCAAAGUCUCUUCAGUACUGUGUAGCACAAGUGCAUUCUCGAGUUGAAGAUGUACAGUUCAAUGUAAAGUUACAUGUACUACCGUCUAUAACAAGUCCAUUACCAACACAGGCAUUUAACCCAGAUAAGUUUGUUAUUCCAGCUUAUAUACAAAACAAGCUAGCUGACCCAGGAUACAACAAGCCUGGUAACGUUGAUAUGUUGUUGGGAGCGGAGCUAUUUUUUGACAUAAUGAAGACGGAUAAACAUGUGAUAUCAGAACAAGCUUCAUUUCAAAGUACUGUGUUUGGUUGGAUUCUGACUGCAAGGGACAAAGCUGAAGAAGAAGAAGUUGAUAGACAUUUUAAAUCAACAGUAGUUAGAACAGAAACCGGUCGGUUUAUGGUUCGAUUGCCUCUCAAGCUACAUCCUGAAGUAAUAAGAAGUACUAUAUUCAUGGUGAAAAGAAGAUUUUUCAACCUAGAGGCCAAACUGUCAAAGGAUGCAGAACUAGCAAAACAAUAUGACGACUUUAUGUUGGAGUAUAUAAAGUUGGGUCAUAUGCAGCCAGUCACUAGUAGUUCAAGUUCAACAGUCAGUUAUUACCUACCCCACCAUGCUGUGAUAAAGGACAAUAGUAUCACAACAAAACUAAGAGUCGUGUUUGACGCAUCAGCCACAGGAAGCUCUGGAAUGUCUCUAAACAACAUUAUGUUGAAAGGUCCUACUGUACAGCCAACGUUACAUUCUAUCUUACUGCGAUUUCGAACCCAUACAUUUGCACUAACAGCUGAUGUUGAAAAAAUGUACCGGCAAAUCUUAGUGCAUCCGGACGACUGCAAACUUCAAAGAAUCCUAUACAGGUCCAGCCCUUCAGAGACUCUCAAAGAAUACACAUUGCGAACGGUUACAUAUGGCACUAAGUCUGCCCCUUAUCUAGCUACUCGAUGCUUAAGCCAACUUGGUUCCGAAGCUUCUAGGUCAAAUACACAGAGAACGAUUCGCAUGUCAUUACGGAAAUGGUGUACAAAUUCAAGUGUAUUGUCCAACCAGUUAGUAACGUCAGAACAUGGCCCAAACUACCUACUAAAGUUGCAGGAGAAUGACACUGUUAGCACUCUAGGUGUCACCUGGAAUCCCCAUGCAGACUGUUUCCAAUUCAUAGUAAGGGACUGGAAGCCUCCUAUACAUAUGUCGAAACGAUCCCUACUCGCAGAUAUAAAUAAAGUUUAUGAUCCGUUAGGAUUCAUUUCACCGGUGUUGGUCAAGGGAAAAAUAUUUGUGCAACAGUUGUGGCUGUUAAAGCUGGGUUGGGACACACGUUUACCGAAAGAACUGCAGAACAAGUGGAUGAACUUUUAUGGUGAGCUAAGUGCGCUGGAAGCAUUACGGAUUCUACGCAGAGUGAUGUAUUCACGUGAGCGCAUAGAACUGCAUGGGUUUAGUGAUGCAUCUCAAGAAGCAUACGGUGCUUGUGUGUAUGUAAAAACCACAGAUGAUCAUGGACAAGUUACUGUGUUGUUGUAUACGUCUAAGUCACGAGUUGCACCAACCAAGCAAACUACCAUUCCGAGACUAGAGUUGUGUGGAGCUGUAUUGCUGAUGGAAAUAAUGGUGGACGUAGUUGAUGAACUAACACGAAUGGACAUUCAAGUCAAUCAAUCGAAUGUAAUGUUGUGGACAGAUUCCACUAUAGUCCUAGCUUGGAUUAAAUCAAGUCAACCGUUAAAGUCUUAUGUUGCGAACAGAGUCGCUCGAAUUCUCGACCAUUCUGUUCGAUCUCAGUGGAAACACGUUCCAACCAACCAGAACCCGGCAGACAUAAUCUCCAGAGGGACAUCAGCGAUGGAAAUCAAAACCAACAUGUUAUGGUGGACGGGUCCUCAAUGGUUGCUACGUCCCAGAGUUGAUUGGCCUUCGAGAGUGACAGCAGAUGAUGAAGACAUUCCAGAAGUGAGGUGCAUCAAGCUUACAUUAGUUGCUGUCAGUGCAUCGAACACCGUGUUAGAUAGAUAUUCAGAAUGGAAUUCAUUGAUUAGAACAACUGGCUGGCUACUACGAUUCAGUCACAAUGCCAAGGCGACUAAGAUUACACGGUUACCUAACAUGUAUGGUCCUCUGACGGUGACAGAACUUGCUAAAGCUCAAACAUACUCGAGCCAUUUAGAGCUUGUGAACGGAUUGACGUCCAAUGCCUUCAUUGCAGCUUUAAAAAGGUUCAUUGGUCUCAGAGGUAGCCCUCAACACAUGUAUAGGGAUAACGGCACUAAUUUUGUGGGUGCCAACAAAGAAUUACGUGCGUAUAUUCAACAGUUGCACUAG